AUGUCUGAUUCAUCAGCAUCCUCUUCCUCUAGCUCUGAUUUUGAAGCAACCGAAUAUGAAUCCAUAAAUCGGGCUGUUUCCCAGAUGAAUGCAGUUUUCAGUCCCGAUGCCAUAACCGCUUGUCUUAACGUUAUCUUCGAGGAAGAAGAAAACGAAAGGCAGGCAGCUUCAAGUUCUUCAGCACCCAAGGUACCUAGAAGGGUGAUUUAUCGAGAUCACCUUGGUGCUGCAAAACUUUUAUACGAGCAUUACUUUGCACCUAACUGCACCUACCCACCCGACAUGUUUCGUAGAAGGUUUAGAAUGCGAAAGGAAAUGUUUCUCCGCAUAGUGUGGGAUAUACACUCCUUUAGCAGCGUUCAACCGCUACCGAACCACUUUGAGUUUUUCCACAAAGCACCGACGGAUUGUGCUGGUCGACCCGGUUUUAACAUUUUCCAGAAGUGCACUUCUACAAUUCGCCAGUUAGCUUAUAGCUAUAAGGCUGAUGCUUUGGACGAGUACUUGCAAAUAGCGCAAGAUACAGGGUACCAAUGUUUAGACGCUUUCUGCAAAUGUGUGAUACAACUGUAUCAACACGAGUACUUGAGAAGGCCAACAGAAGCAGAUAUCCGGCGUCUGACUGCUAAACAUGAGGAGGUCCAUGGUUUUCCGGGUAUGCUUGGUAGCAUAGAUUGCAUGCAUUGGGGGUGGAGGAACUGUCUGGUGGCAUGGCAAGGGCAGUACACGCGAGGCGACAAGGGCCAUCCCACAAUCAUGCUUCCUAUGAUUUGUGGAUCUGGCAUGCUUACUUUGGCCCUGCUGGACAGGGCUCCUAAAGUAGAGUUUGAAGUGAAUGGCCAACGGUUUGUAAAGGGAUAUUACCUAGCAGAUGGUAUUUAUCCUGAAUGGGCCACUCUUGUCAAGUCUUUCAAGUGCUCGAUGGAGCCGAAAUCCAGCAAGUUCAAGAGAUACCAAGAAGCUGCAAGGAAGGAUGUCGAACGAGCAUUCGGGGUUCUUCAAGGUCGUUGGCAGAUUGUUGAGCAACAAGCCCGGUCCUACAGUGUGAACAAGAUAAAACGUAUCAUGUUAUGUUGUGUCAUUCUUCACAACAUGAUCGUUGAAGAUAACGGGCGCGCAAUUACAGAGUUUGAAGAAGAGUUGAUAGCUAACACUGUCCUCCCAACUCGUACGUGGUCUGAAAGGUGUUCAACGCAGCUUCGUAUGUACGGGGAGUUGCGCGAUAGAAGGACUCACCAUGAACUCCGCAAUGCUCUGGUUGAACAUGUUUGGAACCUCCCGAAACACGGCCGUCAACGUUGA